AUGGAUCAUCGUCCAUUAUUAUUAUUGAAUAGGGUCCUGUUAAGACAAAAUCCACAUAAUGUCAAUGAAUGGUUAAAACGUAUAAAACUGUAUGGUGAACAAUAUGAUGAAGUAAUUGUGAUGUAUACAUGUGCUGUUCAAACAAUUGAUCCAAAAAUAUGUACUGGAAAACUUCAUGAGUUGUGGAUAUCAUUUGCACAAUUUUAUGAUAGUAAUGGUAAACUGCGUGAAGCACGAUAUAUUUAUGAUAAAGGAACAAAAGUCAAUUAUCGUCAUGUUGAUGAUUUGGCAUGCGUUUGGUGUGCAUGGUGUGAAACCGAAUUGAAACACGAAAACUGCGAAGAAGCUAUCGUAGUUCGGGCAGGGCUCGCUUUCCCCGAGCACGUGUCCAUCUCCGAGCAGACAUCUCUGGGAAUCUCAAAAUGCCAUGGACUAUAG